AUGGAAGAAGUGACCACUGAGGAAACUAUUCCAAGCGAGAUCAAGGAGGUACUAGACAGUUAUGCUGACAUAAUACCAGAGAGCUUACCACAAACAUUACCACCCCGUCGAGGCAUUGAUCACGAAAUUGAACUCCUCCCCGGGGUUAAACCCCCAGCGAAGAACGCGUAUCGGAUGGCUCCCCCUAAGCUAGCCGAAUUUAGGAAACAAUUAGAAGAGUUGUUGACGGCAGGAUUCAUUCGCCCGGCAAAAGCUCCUUACAGAACCCCCGUAAUGCCCUUUGACCUGACAAACGCCCCAGCUACGUUUUGCACGUUAAUGAACCAGGUUUUCUACGAAUACUUGGAUCAGUUCGUCGUAGUAUACCUCGACGACAUAGUUGUAUACAGCACAACCCUAGAGGAACACAAGGUACACUUGAAGCUGGUGUUUGACAACCUGCGGCAGAAUUAG